GCAGUGAACGUCAGUUGUUACCCGGUCGCCGCGGCGCGCGUACUGUCUCGUGCGUUUGAUACUGUACACAUAUCAAAUUUCACUGCGAAAAUUUGAUAUCGUCGUCGAAUUGUGAAGUGAUUGAAAGUUCGCGAGUUGACCGGUAAAUUCGAAGUUUAUACCCAGUUUACGCCAUUUUAUUUGUUUUGUUUGUAGUUUUGUGCUUCUUUACUUAUACUGUGUUUUCGUUUUGUUCAAGUGAUUGUUUGACGGUACCCGUUUUUGUAACAAAAAUGUAGAUAGACAUAGGUAACGUCUACUUUUACAAAAUAAAGUACGAUGUCUAUUGACCAGGCAUCACCACUGGUGCCUAUCAAGCCUCAGAUAUCGCUGCAAAACAGCGCCUUCAUCAAGAACAGCCAUAACCGAAGUAGUUUCUGUGGAGCAACUCCGUCACCAACAAAUGGCAAUAGAACGUUCAAAACUUUCUCCGUAAAUCGCAAGAGUUGGAGUGGAAAUGUGACGCUUCCACUCCAACAGUUUGCGUUAGAUGAACCGGCACCUCAUCUCGGGACAUUUCGCUCCGGUACAGGAACUUUCCCGAGGAAUAGAGAACGUAACAACAAUGCUGCCUCAAACGGAAUAUUAACACCUAACGGGAACUCUGUGCAGACGCUUAAAGGAAAUGAAGUGAGGAGAAGCGGAUGUUCUAACGGCCGUCGGUACGCUGAGAUCGGAAACUGGAGCAAAAGAGUCGAGAGAGUCUGUCGUCAGACGGAGAAGGUGCUAAGGGUGACUGCUCAUCCGUGGGAUCCUCAGGGUCUGAGUCAGAGGAGCAGCCACCAUGCGACAUCGGCGUGUUGGAGCGACUGAUCAGGACGCAUCCCGUCUGGUUUUUACCUGGAAUCCAGAGAGCUGGCGCUUUCCACCUGUUACAGGGAAAGGAGGAAGGGAACUUCGUGGUGCGUCAGUCAAGCCAGCCCGACACGAUGGCGAUCUCCGUCCGGCUCCCGGCAGACAAAGGGCCGUACAUCGAACACUAUCUCAUACAAGCAGCGAGCGGACGCAUCGGACUAGAAACUUCGCACAACCGCUUCGAUAACAUACCUGAGCUGAUCGCACAUUACUCACAAUGCUGUGACGAGUUACCAGUGCAGCUUCAGUUGCCGAAGCCUCUCCGCGAAGCCAAGAGUCGUCACCAGCUCAGCUCGCUCGCUCUCCUGGGGCAGGAGUUCUGGGGUUACCCCAUGGCCAACCCGAAGAACUCCAGCAACCUGCUCUCACCGUGCCAACUCGCCAAUGGGGUGAUACCUAUGGCGGUCACGCCGUCUGAUACUGGAUCUAGUCUUAGCAGUUUUAAUGCCAGUACAACGGCGAUUCCUCGAGAACAAGUCCUAAGUCCGGAUAAGGAUCAGAACGUUGUUCUAAAAAUGUCCCCAGUCGAUACAUCGGGCUCUCCACCGGGUCAAAGUCAGAGCCUCAGUACAUUUAAGGGUAGAACUGCGCCUUCCCCACCGGCGAAACCUACUGGAUCUUUCAUCAGAGCUCCUCGACCUACCCCACCGAAUACACUAAACCUGAUGUCAAGUACUGCGCAUAUAACACACCCACACACAUUUCCAACAUGUAACAACGCUCACUCGCCGACACACACAAACAAUGUAAAAACAACCCCGCCGCCCCCUCCUCCGAGAUGGGCGAAACCGCCAUUUUCCAAAAUGUCUGUAUCCCCAACAUCUGAAUCCCUAUGCUUUAGUCCCAUUAACAAAGCCGCAAAUGGAAACAUAACAGUCACGACAACAGUAACAUUUAGCGUCAACAACACACAGAUACACAAUCAUCAAAUCAAUGAAAGCAUACAAAGCGAUCGGUUGCAACUAACGCUUGCAUCUAACGCCAUCAAUAAUAACAGUUCUGACGCGGGGUUCAGCAUAAUGGAUGCGAAAAGCAUAACAGAAUCGAAUGGAGAUUUACAGAACAUGAUGCACCGUCUGACACCAGAAGGAGAGUGUAUUAGUACAAUGACAGCUAGUUUACAUGGGAGCUUCAAAAGACAAAUCGCUGAACAGAAUGCCGACGCAGGAUCACCUGUAGAACCCCAAUCUCAUACAAAUACGUCUGAAUCAGUCGAUCCAGUAGCGAACUCCUUAACCAAGUCGAGUAACGCUUUCGCUUCUAAUCAAUUAGUAUCUCCAAAUGGGACGAACUCCGUUACCAGUGGUAUAUUUUCUCCAACAAGUCAAAUAAACUCACCAGUGUCUAAUGAUACUAUUUCAUCCAAAAGUGGAGUAUUUUCACCCAUGAGUCAAACAAACAAAAGUGAAGUAUUUUCGGCCAUAUCUCGAAGUUCACCAAUAUCCAACAAAAAUGUCUUUUCUCCCACUUCUAAUAACUCUAUUGUAUCUCCAAUGACUUGUAAGGACAGGGAUAAAGUAUUGUCUCCUAAUACUAAUACAACCAGUACAACACCUUCUGGUCGAUCAAGGAGGAGUAAACACUCUCUACGCAAGGAAUCCAGACAUUAUCAGGAAUCAGAUAUUCUUGAGUCUCCAGGUGUGUAUUACAGAAGUUCUUUGAUGGAUAAAGUAAGCGAUUAUGAGGAUAUAUGGGGACCAGAGGGAAAUAAUUGCUCAACUUUCAAGCCACUUAAGUCUGAAAAUGACAAUAAUGUUAGUAACGGUAUAAUGAAGAGUAAAAGGCCGGAUCUUUUACCGGAUACACUACCUAAAUUAAACGCUGCAAAGAGUACACAAUCUUUCACAGAAAAAGAAAACAUGAUAAUACUCAAUUCGACUGAAAGUCUGAAUGAAAAGAAAAAUCACUCGGACAAUUCUCUCAAGAAAAGUUUUAAUGGAUCCAAUGAAAUUAUAGCGACGACAAACAGUAAAGGGGAAGUCGUGCCAAAAAGGCCAGACAAACUUAAUAUUGUUAUGAAUAUGAAUAAGAAAUUGACUGAAGAAAUAGAAGCUGCUUUAAAAUUAAGAGAGAAUCACAAUAAUAUUGAAAGUAUGGAAACUGUUAAAUUGGAAGAUGACUGCACGCCAACUAAGGACUCUGAAAAGGACCACGCAGGCAGUCCUUUUUAUGCUGAUCCUGUCGAUGCAAUAAAAGAAGCCGCUCUGCCACCUGUACAACGUCGUAAGCUUCUGAGAACUGGUGUGAUGAAUGUCUCUCAGCGAUACUCAGAACCGCCAACACAGAAUCAUCCCUAUUAUCCGCUACGAGAUAUGCACAGUAUUGAAGAACUGUCACCAUCAUCCCCAAAUACGUCCACAUCAGUCGACAACCUUGUGUCGCUCAGGGGAAAGCCAAAAAUGAAACCAGUAGAACCUCCACGAGUUGCAAUUAAACCUCCUACUGGUAAAAACGAGCACACCUGGGCGGUGGACUCUAGCUGGCAGUUUAUAAAUAAAAAUGACGAAUGCUCAAACAGUGAAAAUGGCACCUUCCCUUCUCUCGCAGAGCAAGAGAGUCGACUGAGCGGCGUAGACGACACUGUGCACCAUCUCACCGUACACCAAGUAGUCGCACAAAGAUUUCCAGAUUUACGUCUCAAUGCUGAGCCGGUGGCACUGCCAGAAGAGAUACGUUCCCCGCCACGUGCAUCCUGUUACGACAAUGUACACGAUCUGAGACCGCUGUCUGAACAAGCUAGCGAUGAUGGCACAGUAUUCUCGGAGCCAUGGGAUAGCACACAGUGGGAUGGACUCAUACCACCUUCCAACCAGCCUUCUUAUGAAGCCGAUGAACCAUGCGAGUGGGAGUCUCCUAUACCAAGGCGAGGAAAUGGAACAAUGAGAGCAAAAAGCUUCAGAGAUAGACUCGAUCCUUUACUAGCAGCGGGUCGUGUACGAGCUCUGCGUGGCGGAAGGACGUCGCGCGGCGCAGGCGCGGCGUUGCGAGCUUACGCCUUACACCUUGCCCAGGACAAGAGUACCACCUUCGCGCAAAAUGUGGAUAACUUCAUCGCCUGCACUCUGGAUUCCAAGGAAACUUGUCCUCAGGUCAUGAUGAGAAACAUGAGGCAGUUUAUGUCAGGGAUGAAGAAUUAUCUAGUGAAACACGGCGAAAGGGAGUUUGAGAAAGAAGUGGAGAAAGAGAGAUUAAAGUUAAAACCAACGGAGUUCCUCAACAUAGACGCGAUAUUAGAAGGUGUAAUGCACAGACUGGUAGUGAGGCCGCUACGGUCGAAACUUUACACGUUAUUGGCUUCGUGGCAUUCGGCUGAUGUUCGACAGUUACAUGCGGCGAUAGAAAGGGCUCAACACGCCACACCUCUGCAGUUAGGAAUUAAGGAGUCGACGAAAGUACCAUCAUCGGCGGUGUUGGCUGUGAUCUCGAAACACUUUUUGAAGAUGCAGGAAGCGGAUUCACCGUUGAAUAAACUCGAAAAUCUUCUCGCUGCUAUAUCAGUUAUGUUUAAUGCGAUUCGGGGCGAACGUACUCUAGGAGCCGACGAUCUGCUGCCGGUGCUAGCGUGGACAGUAGCAAGAUGUCGACUAGUGUGUGCAGAGUUAGAAGCGGAGCUGAUGGCGGGGCUGCUUCCAGCUGCAUUGUUGGCUGGAGAAGGUGGAUAUUACUUGACUGCGCUGUUCUCCGCUGUUGCAGUGUUGAAGAGGUUGGCUCCGGACCCUGGACCUGAUAGUGCUACACCUUGGCGCCGUGGUUCAGCGGAAUCGAACCGCGAAGGCUGCGGGGUGGCGGUAGUUAGAGUGGCACUGCCCGACGAGUGUCGCGGCUCCAUACGCCGCGUGGCGCUACCGUGUCGGCCGGGCGCGCGGGCGCGAGACCUCUGCCGCGCGCUCGCACACGCCGCCGCCAUCACCAACCCGCAGGACUACGCGCUGUUUGCGUUGCACGACGGACAAGAAACUAUGCUGAACGAGAACGACUGUCCACAAGAAGUGAUGUCAGAGAAAAGCGGUCAAAACUUCAUACUGGCCUACAAGAGGAUAGAUGCCAAAAUCGCGUGGCCGCAGCAAGCUUUAUUAUCAUACCCAUAGUGGAACAGUGCAACAAGAAAUCUCACACAUAAACCAAGGAACAAGAAAAUAAGUCAAGCAAAACUUGUCUUUCGUAUACCCACACUAAAACAUAACCGACAAAUAAUAAUGGACUCAAUAUAGCUAUAUUUUUGUCACCAGAACGAUAAAGUGAUAUUUUCUACGAUAUUACCCGCUUUGUACGGUACAGUUAUAUUAGUCUUAGUACAUCGCGACUAGGCAGUAUUUUUCAAGCCUUGCUAUUUGCUAACCGGUAUAUUAAUGUAAACGUAAAGUCGGUCAAAAGAAAUCAAAUAAUUGUGAAAUUUCAUUAAGUAUUUUAAACCACCUUUUUCAAAUUUGUACCUCAGAAAUACAAUAUUACCAAAACAAAAACUUCACAGGAAAAGUUUUUGUAAUUCUAACUGUUCGUAGGCACCUCCUUAAGUUUCAUUAAGUCAUAAUUUUGUUUUUACUCAACAAGAAGUUAGUUAUAACUUGCAUUCACACCAGUUAUUAGUGACCACACGAUAACCUGGAAAAAUUACGAGUUACUUAUUUUAUUUGUAUAGGUUUGUAGAUACGCGAUAUUGCAUCGAUACGCUAAAUCACAUGACGGUGUGUCAUUAUUGGUAAUGCUUAAAGCUUAGCAUAGCAGACUAGAAAUCGAACCCUGGACUGACCAAGAACAAGAAACUCAUAAUAAUUCUACGCCAGAGGUCGUCAAAUUACGUAAAAGUAAAACAAUUCCUGUGAUUUUUUAAAACAACAACAAUUGACGGAUUUAUUUUAGGUACUUUUUUGUUACUGAGGUACGCAUUAACUUACAAAACCUAAAAUUCAAUAUACAAGUAGGUAUGGUUUUUUAUUAAACACGGAGUCAUGUCUUUUGUAGUUAUAAGACGUUUUAAGUAUUACAUACAUUGGACUAAUUUAUGGUGCAUUGAUAGGAGCCCAAUCAAGUCACUAAACUCAAUGAAAAUUAAAUUUGAAUAUUAUUAUUUGAAUAACAAUUCAAUGUUUAUUGUAAAAAGGUUUCCAAGACUAUUGGGUAUAGCUUUACACCAAAUUAGUCCAACUUACGUAGUUACGACUUUAAUUAUAAUUCUCAUAAUUAUAGCUUUUUUACCCCUUUAGGCUAGAACUAACAUUUUAUAUAAUAUGUAACAUUUCGACUGAAUAUUUUUGAUUCUCCCAAACUUUUUUGUACAUUUUUAUCGCGCGUGUUUUGAUUCUGACGUGUGGUGUAUCUAAGUGUUAAUAUUAAGUUGUUUUAUUUAAUAAUUUAACGUAAGCCGCUACCUUAUAAAGGUAUUUUAUUCGGGUGUAUGUAUGUAUGUUCCUAAAUUACUAUGUGUACCCUGAAAACAAAAACUCACCAAAUUGUUGUUUUUAAUUUUAAAAAUAUUAAGGUUUUUCUAGUUCUAACUUUCAUUUAAAAAGUAUCUACUCUAACUUUUAUAACACUAACUUGUUUAUUGAACUGUGAUGUAAUUUGUAUUAGUAAUGUAAGGUUUGUAUUAAUUUUGUAUAUUCGUAGAGGAUUUUCUUAAUAUAAUUUAUUUAAACGUAGCACUAAGAGAACGUACGAUUCAGUGUUAAACUUCUGUUUACAAACAUUACUAUGAAGUUUUAUAAUGCAACUGUGACUAUGACUGUCCUACCAAUACAUAUAUCUUAAAAUAAGCCUUGAAAGUUAAAGGAUGGAUUAAUAUCUGAAAGACCUCGAUUCAAUAUUUGCCAACUUCAAUUUUGUUGUAUCUACUCAUCAUUUUACUAGACUAAUCGAAAUGAAAUAUUAGUCCCAUUGAAAACAACAGAUCUUCAUAAAUAAACAUAAAGUUUAUAUUAAUAUUUGUAAACAAGAGUGUUUUAUAUGACUGAUGAAUAAAUAUAAGCUCAAAUAAAAAAAAAAAUUCUGAAAUGAAAAUUGAAUUGAAACAUCUAUAAAUCAAUUAAUCAAACUACUAAACUGAAUUUCACGCGGUCCUAAUAGGUAUGUAUCUUAUUUAACUUGGAGAACAUUAUAACUUCAAUCAGAUUAGAGAAAAAAAUUAUAAAAAAAAACUCUAGGCUACCUAUUACCUUAAUUUGGACCAUUAAAUACUUUAAAACGAUUAUAAAAGCUAAUAUUUAUUCAUCAUCGAAGUUAAACAUAUUCAGAUAUGGCGGUAUAAAUAUAUUUACUUAUCAAUUUUAAUAUAUUAAAAUUUGCAUACUAAGAUAACACAUUUCUGGUUUUAUAAAUUGCUAAAAUUAAACUAAACUAUCUAAUUUAAGUCUCAUUCAGGCUUUAGAUUUAGUUCUAGUUAAUUGAAUAAGAUUCUUUCUCAAUAUGUGCAAACAACUUGGCGUAUUUCGCUUUUCUAUGUAUUUUUGUUAUAUAAACGAAAUUGGGAAUUAACCUUUUAACCUUUAGGUUUAUUACGAGUAUAUUCAUAACUUAAAAAAAUGAAGUUUUGUUAAAAAAAUUGUUAUAAAUAAACAAAUUUAUUUCGAUUUAAUAUAAUGUACAAUAUGUAUGAAUGGAUGAGUGAAUAAAUCCAAUUUAUAACAUAACACGUAAUGGACAUAGACAUAGAAAAGCGAAGUUUUCCAAACUGUACUUUGUAAAAUAUAGACCAGUUUAAGAUUAUACUACAUUUUGCAACGAAUUUCUUAGUAGUUAUACUUUUCAUAUAAUUAGCUUAACGAAUGUUACCGACGGAACAUGUAAUCUGAUAAUUAUGCGAUAAUAUUAAUUAAUUAUUUAUUCCGCUUGAAUAUUAAACCAUAGUUUUAGCAGUAAAUAAAUGUUUAACAUUUGUAUGAUUUAGGAUACAUAGUAUUUUUGAAAACCGCGUAUCUGAAUGUGUAAAUCAGGUAUCACACCGAAUUAUUUAUGAUAAGAAUAAACAAUGGCGUUGUUAAAAAAACAUUGCAUAUUAGAAUUGUUUUUAUAUGGGAUUUUUUUUUAAUUAUAAUUAAAAUCUAUAAAGUGAAAAAUAAACCCUCAAGGGUUAUAUUUCAACCCUUACGAGUAGAUAUUGCUCGUCUUUUUGUUUAAUUUUAAUUGCCACUAGAUUUUUUUUUAAAUUUCUACCAACAUUUGAAAUGCGUACAAUGUACAUAGUACGUAUUGCUACUAAGAUUUUUUUAUGGUAUAAAUUCUUUAGUAAAUAAUUCGGUGGAUUACCGCGUAUAUGCCUAAGUACAGUUUUGUAUUUAUUGCAUUCUUGUAUUUUAAAGUUAGCUAACACGUAUAUUGUGUUUUGAUAACAAUUUCAGUCAUUUGUGAGAAAUAAAAUGAAUUUUUACCAAACUAUCA